AUGAGCACGCAAGAACCUCUGGACCUUUUCACCAACAACCAUCGUUGGGGCGACCUCGAUGACUGGAAUCGUGCCGCUGUCGCUCUCCAUGCUGAGGGUCCGCUCCAUCGGGUUGAAGCCGACGGCUUCGAUCCGUUCUGGGCAGUCAUCGACCACGCCGCGGUGUUGGAAAUCGAACGACAGCCCGGACGUCACGGCGACUAUCGACGACUCACGAACGACUGGUUCAAGCCAGCCAGCGUGCGCCGACUGAACGACCGUCUCGCCGAACUCAGUCGCCAAGCGCUCGCGACCUUGCAGGCGGCCGAUGGUGCGUGCGACUUCGCCAGCGAGAUAGCGCUGCCGUAUCCGCUGCAAGUCAUUCUGAACAUCCUUGGCCUGCCCGAGUCUGACUAUCCGCGGAUGCUGCAACUCACCCAACAUCUCUUCGGUGGAGAAGAUCCCGAUCUGCAACGAGAGCCGCCCUCACCCGAAGUGCUGAACCAGGUCAUUGCUGACUUCUUCGCCUACUUCACGGGGCUGACGGCCGAGCGACGUGGGAAUCCAACCGACGACCUGGCGUCCGUCAUCGCAAACGGGCAGAUCGACGGUGCAGCGAUGCCGGACCUCGAGACGCUUGGAUACUACAUCAUCGUUGCCACCGCGGGGCAUGACACAACAUCGUCGGCAAUGUCGGGCGGCAUGCAGGCGCUCAUUGAUCAUCCCGAGCAGUUCGAGUUGCUCAAGGCGCAGCCGGAGCUCUUGAACAACGCAGUCGAAGAGAUGAUUCGUUGGACGGCGCCGGUUCGCCACUUCAUGCGGACAGCGACGGCCGACACCGAGGUUGCUGGACACCGCAUCAAGAAGGGGGAGUGGCUCUACCUGUCUUACAAGGCUGCGAACCUCGACCCGAAGGUCUUCGAGGAUCCACUCCGGUUCGACAUUGAACGAAGCAACGCUGAUCGGAACAUUAGUUUCGGGUACGGCGUGCACUUUUGCCUGGGCGCGCAGCUCGCCCGAAACGAGAUCCGAGCCUCUUCGCCACGUUGGUGCCGCGCAUUACGUCGAUUGCUCUGGACGGCACGCCAUCAACCAUGA